AGAAACAGAACAAAGAUGGAUGAGACUUUAGCUGCCACUGACAAUACAGAUGUAACUUCCAAGACAAUCGAGGUCCGAGGUUUCAAACCUGAAAUAUCCAAUGAUACCCUUGAAUUGUAUUUUGAAAACAGUAGGAAAGGUGGAGGAGAAAUCGCUGAAUUCCAGCAGUGUGGUGAUGUUAUCUACAUCACAUUUGUUGAGUCUGAAGUUGCUAAGAAAGUUGUUGAAAGAACUAACAGGAUUGGUGACUGUGAUCUUCAAGUCGAGUUUUCCACCCACCCUGCCCCGACACCUCUCCCUACUUACGACGACAGGCUGCUGGUCACGGGUAUCGGGAACUCCACGACGAGAGAGUGUUUGAUAAACUACCUGGAGGUGAUUGGUCAGUGCGAGAUCAACAACAACAAUGUAGUGUACGGAGACAAAGAAGGAAUGGCAGUCGUCAUAUUUGAUGAAACACCAGACAUAGAAACAUUCAUAGAAAGGUGUGCAAAACGAUCUCUAGAAGGUUCUAUGUUGACGGUCAGCAAGGUUCCCGUGAGUAAUGUCAUCACCGUACGAGGACUGAACUCCAGGACAGCUGAAGAUACAGUCUGCGACUACUUCAAAGGGAAACGCUCUGGUAACACUGAAGGUGUCGAAGUGGAGAAAGUGUGGAUGAAAUCAAGUGACGGUUACUGCAUGGUGCACUUCAGAGAUCAUACAGCUGUUGAACAGAUUCUUAGGGCGAGUACAGGUCAUAGUCUUGAUGAUGCUACACUGGAUGUUUCUGUCUACCAUGAAUGUCUUUCCUCUGGAGGAGCUUCGUUGGAGAUUCCAGCCCCAGUGGAAAUUAAAGAUCUUGAUAAACACAAAUUAAAGUUUAUGAAAGAGUCAGCAGCAGCACCAAAGGAAACACUUUUGAAAGAUUUGGAGCUCUACUACGCUGAACUAGACUGGUCAGAGUCGGAUGAUUCAUCGGUCACCUUGACCUGUACCCUGACAGCUGAGAAGCCGGAUGCUUGUUCUGUGUCACAGACCUGGGCUACUGAUGUAGAGAAAGCUUUGCUAAAAUACCUGGAUUUGCUGGAAGUCGAGGAAAUACCUGUCAUACAGGACAUCUGGGAUAGAGUGAUGACUAAGCUGGAUGCCAGGCACACUGAUGAUGUAAGUGUGUUUGCUUUAGAAGAAGAUGUCCCAUCACUGGUUGUUGUUGGAUAUGCGGCGGGUGUCAAGAAGAUGGCAGAAGAAGUGAAGUCUUUGGUGAAGGAGAUAGAGAAUGCAUAUGAGAGAGAGAAGCAGGUUGUGUUGCAGACGGAUAAUGGUGUGAAGAUGAUUCAGCUGCGUUUACUCCUUGCCAGUGGCUUUCUGAAACAAAUGGCGGACAGGUUUCCUGGAUUCACAGUUGAUAUCAAUGUACAGAAAGCUGAAGUAUCUUUUCAGGGAGUUACAGAAGAAGUUUCACAGGCACAGGCUAAGAUGCACAAGUUACUUAAGAAUAUUAAACAGUCAACAUUAAGUAGUCUUACGAAGGGUCAGCUGCAGAUGAUUAAAAAGAAGAACGUCCAAGACUACAUUGCUAAGAAAAUGAAAAGCAAGAAUCUGGUAGGUGCAUGGGAGGUAACUGCGGAUGAGGUCACUGCGGAUGAGGUCACAGUAGUGGCAUUCAGUGAUGAUGAUGCUACUGAUGUUGCUGAGAUGAUUAGUAAGUCAGUGGUUGAGAACAGAUUGAAACUGGAUGCUGAGGCUAUGGUCUUGUUAUCAUCAUCAUACAAAUGGAAAUCCUUCAUUGCUGAACUGUCCAGAGCCUAUGGCGAUGUUCUGGAAAUCACUUAUGAAGCUGGUAACCAUGAUGUUACCAUUAUUGCUACAGAUGACAACAUAGUUGCUGUUACUCAGAGAGUUGAUCAGUUCAUUUUGGAUAACGCUGUAUAUACACAAUCGGUCAUGUUUUCAUCAGGCAUCAAGUGUUUCUUGCAGAAGUAUUGUGAGACAGAGAUCAAUCAGAUAAUGUCUGAUCAGAAAAAUCUACAAGUAUGCAUACAGUACACUAGCAGUGAGUUUACCAUAAACGCUACUAAGAAAGGAAUGGAUUCAGCCAAGAAAGCUUUGCAGAUCUUGGCCAGUAAAAUUGAACAUAAGAAGUACAGACUCAAAAGGGCUGGCAUACACAAGCUGAUAGAGUCGCAAAGAGGACUACAGUUCAUAGCUGGUUUGGAGUCCAGAGAAAGGUGCAUCAUUAAAACAGAACUCGAUGAGGGUCAGACAUUAGCUGUAGAAAGUCAUCACACAAUGGAAUGUACAGCUUCUGCAGACUGUUUGUCCAACACUUCCACCAACCAAGGAGAAUUGAGAGAUGUGCACAGUCCAUCUGAGAUGUGUCUGUACUACUUCUCGGACAAACCGACACAUAUCAUCCGGUGCAUUGAGCUCACUGAAUGUUUCUGUGAAGAGGAGAUAAUGAAGAAAAGGUUUGAAGACGAAUUGCUGAAAAGUUUAAAUUCAGCGCAGACUGAAAAGGUGAGGACCCUUGAGAAUGAUUUUCAAGUGAGUGUGGCAUACCAGGAAGAACUCGGGCAGCUCCAAAUACAAGGACUUCAGCAAGAUGUUUCUAAUGCUUCCGAUGCUGUACACAAGAUAAUCCGCGAGAGUUUAGAAGAGAAACACAGGCUCUACUGCUCUCAGCUGGAAAGACAACUUGCUGAACUGAAGACAAAGUUACAACGUAUGGAGGAACAGCAGCAGGGAAAUGAAUCAAAGACUAACACACUGGAGAUUGAAUCUACUCGUUUCGAAGCAGUGGAAGUCUCGGGUGGAGAGCAGCUGGUUAAGACUUCCAUUGAAUCACCUGUACGUGCAAGUGAUAAUAUUCAGUGUCGAGAUUCAGUGGCUGAAGCUGAAGAAAUCCACAGCAGCAUUCAGGCAAUCGCCAGAGAAGACACGAUCAUGUAUCAAGCCAUAACCUCAGAUCUGCAGAUGAUUGACUCGGAUGUAAAGGAUGUUGUCAAUGUUUAUGGUGAAGACAACAUUAAAGAAGAUGUUGUGAAACAAAGAGUUGAAAAAGUCUUAAAGAAAGUAAUCAAAGAACCUAAGAAGAAGAAAGCUCUUUCUUCCACCAUGAAAAUGAUGGACUCUCGACCAAAUGUGGGCUUUUACUCAGUCCCUCGAAAGCAGACCAAGUCGACUUCGGACACAAGCGGACCCCAGCCGGUUGUCAGAGGGAAACUGCUUGAUGUCAUGGUGUACAAGGGUGACAUCAUUCAGCUGUCGGUGGAUGCAGUUGUAACUGCUGCUAAUACUAAACUAACUGCUACCGUUGGUAUAGCUAAAGCUAUAGCUGAAGCAGCUGGAGACACCUUGGUUAAGGAAGGACGCAGGUAUGUCCAAGUCCACGGUGAACUGAAAGUGUCUGGAGUGGUUGCCACGACAGCAGGGCGUCUGCCGUACAAGAAGGUGCUACAUGCGGUUGGACCGGCGUAUUCUGAUUACACAGACAAGGCGAAGUGUUUGGAAGAUCUCUGUAAGACCAUUCUCAGGUGUCUGUGCGAGGCGAGAAAACUGAAUGUCACUUCGGUUGCAAUUCCGUCUAUUAGUUCAGGUAUAUAUAAAGUGCCAAAGCCAUCUUGUGCUGAGAUGUACGUGAGAGCCGUGAAAUCCUUUGAUAAUGUUGUCACUGGUGGAUCUUUGAAACAAGUUCACUUUGUGGACAUUGAUGAUGCCAUGUCGCAGCUGAUUAGUCAAGAGUUUGUCAGUAAAUGGAGCGCGAAGGUGGAUGACACGGUCUUAAGUCUUGACAGUAAAUUCAUCAAGCAGUGUCUUCCAGAUGAUUCUAGACGAUCAUCCUCAACUGGAGACAACAUCUUCUCAUUUGGAGUAGCUGCAGUAGCAGCAGCUAUAACACCGUUCACCCUACCAUUUUCUCCCUUAGUAGCAGUAGCAGCGGCAAUUAAAACAGUUUACUUUCCAUCGAAACCAUCAACACAUGGUGGAAUUCAAGUGUUUGUAUACAAGGAAGACAUUUUGAAUGUGGUUUCUCAAGCUGUUGUUUGCUGGAAGCAUCCCAACCCCACUGGAAACGAUCAAGACAUAGCUCAGAAGAUCCUUGACAGAGCUGGAGAAAAAUACCAAAACCAGCUGAAUGAAAUUAAGAGGAAGCAUGAAAAUAAGUUCCCUAGUGGUCUGGUAUUCACCGCUGACUGUGCAAAUAUGCACCAGAGUCUGGUCUGUCACGGGGUCAUCAGUCCGUCUGAAGGUAGAAGUAGUCUGAAUAUGAUCCCAGAAGUUAUUGCUCAAGUUGAUCAAAAUAAGAUGACAUCUGUUGUUAUUCCUCUUACCCAAGGCUUAUCAUCAGAUGGUGUGAAGGUUUUCACUGAAAUACUUUGCAAGGCUAUCAAAGAUUUUUCACAGCAAAACCCACAGUCUGCCCUAAAGGAGAUCCAUGUGGUUGACACUGACCAGAAAAUGGUUGAUGUCAUCGGUGAAAUUGUUGAAAAGAGAGGAAUCCGUAGCGAUCUUAAAAAAGGAAACUGACACCUUCCGAGAUCCAGGGCAGGAUUUAGCUCAGUCGGUUGAGUGCUCGCUUGAGGUGCUUGCAUCGCAGGAUCGAACCAUAUUGAAGGAUCCAUUCAACAGAUUGGUUUUUUUUUCGUUCCAUCCAGUGCACCACAACUGGACAAAGGCCGUGGUAUGUGCUUUCCUGUCUGUGGAAAA